GGACAGCUGCAUUGCAUAUAGUUAUAAGUAGAGCAGUGGGAUAUCCGUUCGUUUCACGAGUUAUUUAUUAUUGUCAAUGGGUUUUCGUAGAUUCUCACAUUCGGACGACUUGUUGCUCGUCAACAGUGUUAAAUCCUUCCCCAACCUGUACAGCCAAGAGGGUUUAUCCGUUACCAAAAAUCAUGAAAGCAUGAGAGAGAACUGGCGAGCCGUGGCGGCAGAAGUCGGUGUGAACGAGAGUGAAUGCAAAAGAAGGUGGAGGGAUAUCAGGGAUCAUUACUUCAAAACUAAGAGGAAACAUGAACAGAGCAAAGACAAGAAGUGGGCCCCAAGAUGGUCACUGUAUGAAAGCCUGCAUUUCUUGGCCAGAGCAAAAAGGAAAAAGAGACAUUCAAGUUGUGAAGACCUCUCCGACCCCUCUGCGGACAACAGUCUUGAUAUUUACGAGCCAGAAAUGACUGUCAAAGUGGAAGAGGACUCCCAGACAGACUUGCAGCCACGGUCCGAGUUUAUCGAUGUGAAGACUCCUCAGCAAGAGGCUGACACAAGUUACCGUAAGCCUUCCGAGUGCGGGAGUGUCCACUUUCUGGAGGAGCCUGACCCAUCCUGGGCCCCGAGGACACUGGUGAACGCCUACUCCAACCAAAGAGUGGACAGUGAAGACGACAUUGACAUAUUUAUGAGAAGUGUGGCUCUCACGGUGAAAAGACUUUCUCCAAAAGCCAGAGCGGAAGCCAAGAUGAGAAUUUUAUCUGUCGUUACUGAACUGGAGUUUCCACCCAACAACCAUGGAGAAGUAUAAGUUAAAGUUAGUCUAGUCAAGAUUUGUUACUGUUAAGUAAGUGACUGAGUUAGUUUAUUCUAAUGUAUGAUUGUUUAAAGAAUUACCAAUAAAGGUGUCUGUCAAUUGAAAUGAUCAACUGAUCAAGAAUAUCAAUUGAUAUUCUUAUCGAUUGUUAAAAGAUCAAGCACAAACAGCCAUCUACACAAGUUUUGUUGUUUUGUGUGACCAUUAGCUCAGCCUAAGCUAUCUAUAAAUUAAUAGGCAAGCUGUUUCUUUAAAGCCUUUUUUCUCAGCUCGUGUGCAU